AAAUUGGUGUGACCCGUACCGGGAUCUCAGUAUUUCGGUGGACUUGUUCGGAACGGAAGGUUUGAAAAAGUGAGUGGUUUGUGAAGUAUCGACUGAGUUUUCUUCAAAAGGAUUUGAAUCCUUUAUAAGGCGUCCAGUAUGAAAAGAGCCAGCUCAACUUGGAUCUCAUUGGUCCUAGUUCUCGCCAGCCUCAAAUUCGCAGAUUCCGUCGACUAUUGCGACAAGAAGCUGUGCGCCCCGCACAAACAACCGAACAUUGGUUGCGGAAAUGAUGGCAAGCUAUCGUCGGAUUGCCCCGCCGGAACGAAGAAGAUCGAAAUGACCGACGAAUACAAACAACUAAUCAUGGACGCCCACAACAAAUAUCGCAGCGAGCUGGCCAACGGAAAAGUGGGCUGGCUCCCGAAAGCCGCCGCCAUGCCUACUUUGACUUGGGACGAUGACUUGGCCGAAACGGCCCAAAUGAACGCGAAUCGAUGCGUUCGGGGGCACGACAUUUGCCACAACACCGAAAAGUAUCUGAACUCAGGACAGAAUUUGGCCCGGAUUGCUACCGAAGCAGAUUCGAUCGAUAUCAAAGAAUGGAUUCCGAAGUUCGUUACCAUGUGGUGGGAUGAACGUCACGAUGUGAAUGCCAACAUGGUUAGCACUAUGUAUGAUCCCGGCAAGAGCAUCAUGGUGUUCCACUUUGCGGUGCUUGCGAACGAUAAGGCCAACAAAAUUGGCUGUGGAUUGGGCCAAUGGAAAACGCCGGACGCUUGGCUUCAGCUCUACAUCGUCUGUAACUAUUCGUUCAACGAUUUCAUCGGACUGCCAAUCUACACUGCUGGGGAGCCUUGCUCUCAGUGCAAGAGUGGCUGCAAUUCCAAAUAUGCUGGCCUUUGCGACGAGAAGGAAGAAGUGCCGCAACUAGUGCCCUAUGCAGCCUAAUUGUUUUUCCAGUGAAUUUGCAUCGGCCAAAAUACAGAUCACUUGGGUGUCGGGAA